AUAUGUUUGCAAUUGUAGUGUCUGUGUGGUGGAUUGAGAAAGUGAAUGUUGGGGCUUUGGAGUACUCUAGGUUUUUGUUUGCCAUGGACAAAGGGUGGACACAGUUACACUUGUUUGUAAUCUUCCUGCUCUUUUUGAGUAAUGCUCAUGGAUUUAAAGCUGGAGCUCAUUCAGAUGCCAACCACUGGUGGGGCCAACCUUCAGAUAAAUCUUUCUCACCUCGUGCAGUCCAGUCUUCUGUGUCAGAGGUCCCUGUGACUGGGAUUUUGCCUGAAGAAGUGGGCUCUAGUUUAUUCACUAACAGACCCCUGAAAAGGUUGAACUUGCUCCAAUUUGUUAAAGGUGGUGUUUCCAGCAGGCAUGAAUCAAUGUCCCAUGCCCAGACCACUCCAAGCAGCUCUGUUUUAGCUUCCUUGCCUGUACCCUUAAAUGAACUGCAUGCAGGCCAUUUGACAUCACUCCAGGGUUCCUCUGGUUCAGCCGCUACAGAUACUACUAGUGUGUCUACGCAAGGAGAAAGUAGCUUCCCUGCCACACUUGGCAAUUCUGGCCUGUCCACCAGUGAUCAAAGUUCCCCUAGUUUGUACGUGACCAGUUCCCUGGAAACCUCUGGUGCCUUGGGUCAAUAUAACCCGGGCUCCUAUAACGAGCUCAGUUCUUCAUCUGUUUCUAGUCCGUCUACCAGUGACCAGAGUACCCCCAGUUUGUAUAGUUCUAGCUUUCAGGGAAAUUCGGGCAGUUUUUUGGAAGCUUCUGGCUCUUUUCAAGGGGAAGUGGCAGGGCUUGGCUCUCAUGUUGACUUGUUUCCCCAAUCACAGGACCGCUCCAGUCAGCUUCUACCCUCACCCUUGGAGGUCUCUAGCCAGUCUACUAAUGGUCAAAGCACUCCCAGCCUGUUUAUGCUUGGCUCUGACAGCAGUUCAGGAUCACAGUCAGCAGGUCCUGCUUCACCUCUAGACACUCAGGGUAGUCUCUCUCAAAGCAUUUCUAGCCAGUCCACAAGUGUUCAGAGUUCACCUAGUGUGUCUACAAGCACCCAGAGCAGGUCUGCCACUCCAUUAACUUCCAGUAACUUAUUCCCUGUGCAGGGAGGUAGUAGUUCUACUUCUAGCUUAUAUCUGAAGCCUCAGGGCACUCUUGGUCGGUAUGCCCCUGCGUCCCAUACCAAAUAUGCGAGUAUACCCAUGUCGUCACACCUAGCUAUUUAUAGCCAGUCAAAAAGUACCUCUGGUCCUUGGUUUGAGGGCUCUACUGGCUUUGCCUCCCAGGGAAUGAGUAGCACUUACAGUGGUUCUGUCCAGUCUCAAGGUACCACAAGUCAGUUUGCCUCUGGGUCUCCAUCCUCCUAUCCAAUUGUAACACUAUCCUCACCCCAAGGUUCCGCCAGUCAGUCCGCUACAGCCCAGAGUUCAUGGAAGCAGUUUGCCUCUAGAUAUGGCACCCAGUCAGGGUCCUCUAAGCCAAUCACCCUGCAGGGAAGCACUUACGGUGGAUCACUCGAGCCUCAAGGUACCACAAGUCAGUUUGCAUCUGGGUCUCAAUCCUAUCCAAGUGUAUCACUAUCCUCGCCCCAAGGGUCCUUCAGUCAGUCUGCUGCAGUCCAGGGUUCACGGAAGCAGUUUGCCUUUAGAUAUGGCACCCAGUUAGUGUCCUCUAAGCCAAUCACCCUGCAGGGAAGCAAGUAUGGUGGCUCACUCCAGCCUCAAGGUACCACAAGUCAGUUUGCAUCUGGAUCUCCAUCCUAUCCAAGUGAAUCGCACUCCUCGCCCCAAGGUUCCUCCAGUCAGUCUGCUGCAAUCCAGAGUUCACGGAAGCAGUUUGCCUCUAGAUAUGGCACCCAGUCAGGGUCCUCUAAGCCAUUCACCCUGCAGGGAAGCACCACUGAUGGUGGGUCACUCCAGCCUCAAGGUACCACAAGUCAGUUUGCCUCUGGGUCUCUAUCCUAUCCAAGUGCAUCACUAUCCUCGCCCCAAGGUUCCUCCAGUCAGUCUGCUGCAGUCCAUAGUUCACAGAAGCAGUUUUCCUCUAGCUAUGGCACCCAGUCAGGGUCCUCUAAGCCAUUCACCCUGCAGGGAAGCACUUAUGGUGGAUCACUCCAGCCUCAAGGUACCACAAGUCCGUUUGCAUCUGGGUCUCAAUCCUAUCCAAGUGCAUCACUAUCCUUGCCCCAAGGGUCCUCCAGUCAGUCUGCUGCAGUCCAGAGUUCACGGAAGCAGUUUGCCUCUAGCUAUGGCACCCAGUUAGUGUCCUCCAAGCCAAUCACCCUGCAGGGAAGCAAGUAUGGUGGAUCACUCCAGCCUCAAGGUACCACAAGUCAGUUUGCAUCUGGAUCUCCAUCCUAUCCAAGUCAAUCACACUUCUCGCCCCAAGGUUCCUCCAGUCAGUCUGCUGCAAUCCAGAGUUCACAGAAGCAGUUUGCCUCUAGAUAUGGCACCCAGUUAGUGUCCUCCAAGCCAAUCACCCUGCAGGGAAGCACCACUGAUGGUGGGUCACUCCAGCCUCAAGGUACCACAAGUCAGUUUGCCUCUGGGUCUCUAUCCUAUCCAAGUGCAUCACUAUCCUCGCCCCAAGGUUCCUCCAGUCAGUCUGCUGCAGUCCAGAGUUCACAGAAGCAGUUUGCCUCUAGAUAUGGCACCCAGUUAGUGUCCUCUAAGCCAAUCACCCUGCAGGGAAGCACUUAUGGUGGAUCACUCCAGCCUCAAGGUACCACAAGUCCGUUUGCAUCUGGGUCUCAAUCCUAUCCAAGUGCAUCACUAUCCUUGCCCCAAGGGUCCUCCAGUCAGUCUGCUGCAGUCCAGAGUUCACGGAAGCAGUUUGCCUCUAGCUAUGGCACCCAGUUAGUGUCCUCCAAGCCAAUCACCCUGCGGGGAAGCAAGUAUGGUGGAUCACUCCAGCCUCAAGGUACCACAAGUCAGUUUGCAUCUGGAUCCCCAUCCUAUCCAAGUCAAUCACACUUCUCGCCCCAAGGUUCCUCCAGUCAGUCUGCUGCAAUCCAGAGUUCACAGAAGCAGUUUGCCUCUAGAUAUGGCACCCAGUUAGUGUCCUCCAAGCCAAUCACCCUGCAGGGAAGCACUUACGGUGGAUCACUCCAGCCUCAAGGUACCACAAGUCAGUUUGCAUCUGGGUCUCAAUCCUAUCCAAGUGUAUCACUAUCCUCGCCCCAGGGUUCCUCCAGCCAGUCUGCUGCAGUCCAGGGUUCACGGAAGCAGUUUGCCUUUAGAUAUGGCACCCAGUUAGUGUCCUCUAAGCCAAUCACCCUGCAGGGAAGCACUUCUGGUGGAUCAUUCCAGCCUCAAGGUACCACAAGUCAGUUUGCAUCUGGGUCUCAAUCCUAUCCAAGUGAAUCACUAUCCUCGCCCCAAGGUUCCGCCAGUCAGUCUGCUGCAGUCCAGAGUUCACAGAAGCAGUUUGCCUCUAGAUAUGGCACCCAGUUAGUGUCCUCCAAGCCAAUCACCCUGCAGGGAAGCAAGUAUGGUGGAUCACUCCAGCCUCAAGGUACCACAAGUCAGUUUGCAUCUGGAUCUCCAUCCUAUCCAAGUGAAUCACACUCCUUGCCCCAAGGUUCCUCCAGUCAGUCUGCUGCAAUCCAGAGUUCACAGAAGCAGUUUACCUCUAGAUAUGGCACCCACUCAGGGUCCUCUAAGCCAUUCACCCUGCAGGGAAGCACCACCGAUGGUGGGUCACUCCAGCCUCAAGGUACCACAAGUCAGUUUGCCUCUGGGUCUUCAACCUCCUAUCCAAUUGUAACACUAUCGUUGUCCUCGUCCCAAGGUGUUGCUGACCAGUCCGGCCAAGCAGUUCAAAGCUAUUCUGGGUACCAAAGCCAAAAGUCUCAAAGAUGGCAGCCUUCACAAGGUAUUCAUGCCUCGGGUGGAGCUGCAUCAUGGGGUAGCUCUCUGUCUCAAAGCUCUCCAAUGCAGAGUUUCUUUUCUUCCCUGUCGUCAGCAGGAGGCUCAUCUUCAGCAUAUCCUGGACCAUUUGUUUCUGCACAGGGUGGUAGCAGCAGACAUGGUGGCAUUUCUCUUCAUUCUCAAAGCCCCUCUAGGAAGUACACUCCUGGGUCUCAUGCAUAUGCCAUGCUUGGUUCCUCUCCCCUAGCUGUUUCUAGCCAGUCUACCAGUGAUAAGUGGUCAAAUGGCCUGUAUAGGUCAGACUCUCUGGGAACCCAGGGUCUCAUUGGUGUAAUUGAAAGACCCUCUAGGCUCUCGUCUCAAGCUCCUAACUCUACAAGCAGUAACCAAAUAUCUGAGCAUUUUGGGACCAUGAAACGCCCCACAGGUUCAAACCUAACUCCAUCUCUAGGCUUGAGUGCCCUAGAAUCAUCUGUUGGCAUGUUCUACAGUAUCCCACAGACUGCACAUGCACUACGUAACUCUGGGUCAGAUGUCCAGCUAAACAAUAAACCAUUCCUCAAUCAGCGAUACUCUGUAAAGGGCUAAGGAACUCUAUAAAACAGCUAUGUUAUGCAAAGUGUCUUCCAGAAUAAAAAAAAUCAAAUGUUUAACAGUU